CUCGCCAUCAGAUUCUUCGAACGAUAACUUAUACGCUUUCGCAAACUUGCCUUCUCGCAGGCAUUAGACACGCAGUUUCUACGCAACUUGGGUUAGGAAUUGGGGAUAUUCAAGUGCACGAACCAUGCAGGUUCCGGACUUGCUCCACCCUUCAACAGGUGCCUCCCCAGCUACUGGUGGUGGAACUCAGGACAUGUCCUCGUUGUCUCCCAUUUGCUGCAUGUCAGCUGAUGUCAUGGCAAAUGUUUUUGAACACUGCGUUCACGAAUUGGGUUAUUAUCCUCUCGUUGGCAAGAAUCGGCAAGCCCCGUUGUCUCUAUCCCAGGUCUGUCGCUCGUGGCGGAAGCUUUCCUUUGCAUUGCCUUGCCUUUGGACGAGAUUCCAGGUUAUCAUUGGCUACCCGGUCCGUCCAUUGAACUGGGAUAGAACGAUACAGUCCAUGAUCAUGUCUGUACGGCUAUGGCUCUCGCGCUCACAGUCUCUUCCAGUAUACUUAUAUCUUUGCUCUGCGAUCCGGGAUAUGCCAGUCCCCUUAUCGGCCCUUGAACUUUUCGAUCGGGAGAUCCUCAAGGCAAGCUCCCGCAUCAAAAAGCUGUCACUGCACUUUCCUGCCCAAUUUAUCUGCCACUUGCUAUCAUUCACUCAAGGUUCCUUAGAGUCCCUUGAAUAUCUCAGCCUUUGUGGUUCCUCCAACUUCAGUGCAAAUGAGCACAAUGUUAUGUCGCCGCUUGUCUUGCGAUCUGCACCAGGUCUACGGAGUCUGUGCCUAACAUGGUACGAUCUGGAUAUGCGCAACUUCCAAGUACCAUGGGCGCAGUUGACCAAGCUUAAUCUCCUAUGUGAUUUUUUCGAAGACUUCGAGCACGUCCAUAGCGAUUACCUGCCCGUUCUUGCUCAGUGCCCGAAUCUGAGGACGUGUUCCCUCGCCUUAGGAUGGCCCUUGGAUGAUGAUUUCUCUGUUACUAGUGUCACACUCCCCCAUUUGAAUACACUCGAAGUAACAAUCUAUGUAUGGGAACCUUAUGUUAAGCGGUUCUUCGGCGCCCUUCACCUUCCCAAGUUGCAAUCCUUUGAUAUCAGCAACACCAGCCUCAAAAGGGGCUCCUUUGGAACUCGCUACCUCCAGAUGCUCAGCCGAGCGGCAGAGACGGUUGAGAGUGUGACUUUCUCCUUCAUAGACAUCCCAGGCGUUAAGCUGUCUGCUUGUCUCUCACAACUCCCAAAUCUGAAAUCCCUGCGGUACACUCCCACCUCACGGGGACUGAAUCACAAUCUUGUGAUGACGCUCACCAUUGUGGAUGCCCAGUCUUCCGGGGGAGAUCUGGGUGACAAGGUACACCACCAGCCUAUAUGUCCAUCCCUCGAAGCACUGCAUCUCUGUUGUUCUGAUGUUGUGCACAUCGAUGCAGUUGUGGCUCUCGUGGCCUCGCGAUGUCAGUCUGAGCCUCGGCUGAGACACUUCACACUGCAGCUGGAGCGGCCUGGAGAAUUUGCAGAUGACGAAGGUGAAGGUGAUAGGCGGGAAGAAAUGAUCAGCAUGCUGGAGGCACGAUUGAGCAGUUAUGUAGAUGAAGGACUGCAACUGACCCUCACCAACUGUGGCCGCUAUUGAGGAGAUUCUGGUUGAUGCACUUCAUGUUUAUUUCCAAG